CUGAGAAAAAGGCACCCAUCCUCUCAUACACAUCGUCAGCCUUCCUCCUCUUCAUCAAACACUCCACACAACAUGGACGUCCUCCAGAAAUCCGUCCUGGAUCCCCUCCAGCCCGUCCUGCGCCCGAUCGUCUCGGCCGUACCCGAACCCGUGCACGAUGCGAUCAUCUCGCUGAUCGGCCAGUCCUGCCACAACGCCUUGGUGGUCGACCUCGACAUCAGCAAGGACCCCGCCUGCACGUCGCUGGCCAUCUCCAAGGCGCUGGGCAUCGCCAUCGUCGGCGCCAGCGCCAUCGUCAAGGUGCCCCAGAUCCUGAAACUGAUCAACUCGCGCUCGUCCGCCGGCGUCUCGUUCGUCUCGUAUGCGCUGGAGACGGCCAGUCUGCUCAUCACGCUGUCGUACAGCGUGCGCAACAACUUCCCCUUCAGCACCUUCGGCGAGUCGGCCUUGAUCGCCGUGCAGGACGUGGUGGUCGGGGUCUUGGUGCUGGUGUUUGCGGGCCGAUCCGCGGCCGCGGCGGCGUUCGUGGCGGUCGUCGCCGCCAGUGUGUAUACCUUGCUUUUCGACCAGACCCUCGUGGAUGCGAAGACGAUGUCCCUGCUGCAGGCCGGUGCGGGAGCGCUGGGUGUGGCCAGCAAGGCGCCGCAGAUUUUUACAAUUUGGAGUGAAGGUGGCACUGGCCAGCUGAGUGCAUUUGCCGUCUUCAACUAUCUCGCCGGUUCUCUGUCGCGCAUUUUCACCACUCUGCAAGAGGUGGACGACAAGCUGAUCCUGUACGGAUUCAUUGCUGGAUUCUCGCUGAACCUGAUCCUCGCGGCUCAGAUGCUGUACUACUGGAACAGCCCGGCCAAGUCCCAGGUCAAGAAGAAGACCCCGGGCAAGCCUAUUGCCAGCGCCAGCGCCGCGGGCGUCUCGACCCCGAAGCCAACCGCCACCAGCUCGGGCAUCUCCUCGCCCAGGUCAUCGGGCAAGACUCCCACCACCCGGAGACGUGGUUAAGUGGCCUCCGCCUCCUCCAUCUUAGCUUCUUCAACCCCAGAAAACCUUUAAUCUGCUUUUCCCCACA